GGUUCUUCCUCCUCCUGCGUCGCUCAUUCUGUUCUCAGGCUCCAGGGGCGACAGAGUCUGAGAAAAAGAAGGAAGCAAAGAGACACAAUUCUCUCGAGAAAAAGACGGUUUCUCGGCCCAACAUGAAGUCUUGUCUAGUCCUGUUUCUCUUUCUGGCUCUCGCGGCCCUGACUUCGGGAAAGGAAGAGUGUGCAGGCACCUGUGUUGCAGAGAGGAAUUGCAACAUUCCGCAUGGAAGAGGCUCAUGUCCUGAUAACAAGGUCUGCUGCCUCGAGGUGGAGCUAACCCCGCGUGCAGGGAAUUGCAGUCUGAAUGAGGGACAAUGUCCCAGUGCCGGUGGAUUUUGCAGAAUGAGGUGCAGAGGUAAACCACAACUCGAGGCGACGUGCGGGAUUAAGAAUUGCUUAUGUUGUGAUUUGUGCAAAGGCAAAGAAAAAAGAAAAUGCAAGAAAUAUGGCUUUUGUACACGAAAGCAGAAUGGGGACCAACAACAGUGUUCAAAUAAUGAAGUUGUCAUCGAAAAGGGCUGUAAAAGAUCAAAGGACUGUGUAUGCUGUGCAAACUGCCAAGGCACUGAGAGGAAAAAAUGUUCGAAAAUAGGCGGAAAAUGUUUAAAAGAAGCAACUCAUAAAAGAACAGAAAUGAUUGAAAAAGGCUGCAAGCUUUCCGAAUGUACCUGUUGGGCUAUACCUUGCAAGGAACUGCAAGAAUGUACCGAUGCAAAGGGGACAUGUGUCAGAAAAGAGAAGGACUGUCCAAGUGGUAUACUGGAGAAAAAAUACUGCAAAGGGAAAAAGUGCAAAUGUUGCCUUCCUCAAGCUUCAACGACCACAACCACGGAUCCUACAACAAACACAAGCACAUCUAUGGCUUCAACGACAUAAUCACAAUCAAAUCUAAAGGCAUCGCAGAAAUCGUUUUUACAACCGCAACCGUAACCUUGGCUUGGUUGUGACUCGGAAUCACAACCCUAACACGACCUUGUCUCUUCCAAGCAUUGGCUUAUACAGUCACAGCCCCAGGCUCUUACAAACACAGGCUACGGAACUCAAGCAAGCACUUCUCUGACUCUGGAAAAGGAGACAUAUGCCCUAGAUCUGACACAAGAAAGAGAGAACAUGAGCAGCGAUCACGUGAUCAAUUCCGCCGUCCAGAGAGGAUCAAGACGAUGCUGCUGCUGCUGCUUUGUAUCAAUGUUAACGUUGAUCAGAAUCGCCGCUGUUAUUAUCAGUACGGUUGCUAUUAGUAUCAUCAAUACUGUUGCUAUAUUAUCAUUUAUUACUAUUAAUAUAAUUAUUAUAAUUAUCAUUAUUAGUAGUAGUAUCGCUAUCAUCAUUAGCAUUACUGUUAUCAUAAUUAUCACUAUUAUAUUUGUAUCACCAUCAUUAUUAUGGCAAUCAUUAUUA